ACACCAUAACCUCAGAGCAGAAGUCGACUGAAGAGCGUCACAUCAGAGCAGACCCUCUCUGACAGCCUCAGGUCUGCAGCAGGACUUCAGACUCUCCUCCAGGAUGAACAGAAGAACUCAGCAGGAAAUGGAGGAAAUUGAAGAAGAAGAAGAUGACUCUGUUAAUGCAUCAAGAGGCGCUGUGGAUUCAAAGAGAACCCGUCCAGGCCGGAGGUUUGUUCUUCCGAUAGCAGUGUGUUGGAUCGUACUGUUAGCCAUCAUGGGUCUCCGUAUCUACUUGACCUCUGAACUUUCAGGAAACAAUGCCGAGCUGUACUCACGAAUCCAGGAGCUGGAGACACGGGAGAACAACUUGACACAGAAAAUACAAGACAUGACAACAAACUGGAAUGAGCUCAACAUCAGUCGAGCUCAGUGGAGCAUUGAUUCCUACUGCUUAGGAAACGCCGAUGAUAAGUGUAAAGCUUGUCAGAAGGGCUGGUUACUCACUCAGCCAAGCUGCUAUGCGUAUAAUGACGCUCAGUAUCCUCAUCAAAAAACCUGGGAAGAAGCUCGAGAAGACUGCAGAGGAAGGAAUUCAGAUUUGGCUGUUGCACAUAAUUCAGAUGAAAAGAACGUCAUCUAUAAAUACAGCCGAUUAUAUAGCCGAUAUAUCCGGUUUGGAUCUAUCGAGGAAAAAAGCUUUGGAAAUAGAGGAUUCUGGAUUGGUCUGAGAGUUGAAGAUGGGAAAUGGAAGUGGGUGGAUGGAAGUGAUCUGACUGAUAGCUCCUUUAAUGCAGAGGCUGCUGACGGUCACUGUGCAGUCUCUGUCCUGAGAGAAAGCAACUGGGCAUCAGUGAGCUGUGAAGAGACACAUCAAUGGAUCUGCCAGAAGAAGGCUCUCUCUGUUUAAACAAAGCAGUCAAUCAAAGAAAGUUACUGCUAACUCUUUAAAUGAAGAAAAUGAAACACAUUUACAGGCCUAUAAAUGUUAAACUAUGGAUUAUCCUACUAGAAAAAUCAAAAUAAAUUCCAAACAAUCCAACUUUACCUUGUCAAACAAAAAAAAACAAAAAAAGUUACAUAAACUUUGCAUAAAUGGUUAAACGUGUUGGUAUUAGAGAUGCAACGCUUCAACUCUGCAGAUUAUUGCAAAGACUAUGGACCAUGUUAUUGAAUUGUUUCUACCGGCCAGCAGAGGGCGCUGCAUCACUUGUUCUCAAUACAAAGUUCCAGAGUCUGUUAAAUAACUAUGUUUCAGGAUUCAAAGGUUUAUCGUCAUGACAUUUAGAAACUACGGUGUGAUUAUGUAAUGUAUGAAAACAUGUGAUCUCAGGUUCCUUAACAGUGCAAUUAACAAGACAUAAGAAAUACAUAUAAAAAACAACUAUACAAAUAGAAAUAGUGCAAGCUCAGGUGUUUAAUAGUCUGAUGGCCAGUGGGGUGAAACUGUCCCUGAUGCUAUUCUGAUGACGCACAGUUUAUGGAUGAUUUGUAUCUAUCUGUAUUUGUGUCUUUGAGCAAUGUCUUGUUUCACUCUGUUGUCACCAGUGAAUAAAUGUGCUGCCACACA